AUGCAAUCAGAUAUUGUAGUUUAUGAUCUAACUGUUUCAAAGAUAUGGUGUACAAUGUGUGUGAAUAAGAUAAAAUCUAGCUUUGAAGGUUAGGAAGGUAUUAAUUAUUUCAACAAUUUCAAAGGUAUUAUAUAUGUUUAAGUUAAUGUAAUGGCUGAACGAGUAAUCAUUUCCUUUAAUUAAUAAAUAAUGUAAUUGGAUAUUAUGUAUUAUUUAGCUCACUUAAUCAAAUAAAGUUAAUCUUGGAAUAAAAUAAUUUUUUUAUAGUCGGUCAACCAAGAUUAAUUAAUACUGACUCCAAUUAAUUGAGAAGAUGUUAGUUCUUUUUUUCAAAUUCAUAGUUUCAAUUAGAAGACUUAAAAGAGAUAAAGAGCAAUCUUCAUUAAUAGUUUUAAGGUGGACUAAUAGAAAUUUAAUAAGAAAAUUUUAGGUAUAACAUGCAAGUAUAAUUUUAUUAAUAACAUUUUUUAAGUUGGGUUAAUUAAUAACCAUAUCUUAUUAGCCAUUGUCAAUUUCAGGGUUUUAAUUAAAAUAAAAUAUUGAAACCUAGAUAAAGGACAAAAUAACUAUUAUAGAUGAAAAAUAGAAGAUUAAUUCAGAUCAAGAAUUCUUUGUUUAUAAUGCACUUCUUGAAAAAUUCAAAAAGAAAAGUGGAUAUUAGGAAGCUGUUACUUAUAGAAAAUUCAUAUUAGCAAUUAUUUUAAGUGUCCAAUUUUUAUUAUUUUGCUCUAUCAUGCCUCAUAUUGAUUAUUAUAAUCCUUUUCUAUCAUAUCCUCAUGAAGAAUCUAUUUUUAGUAUCUAUUUAAUAUUUAUCUUUUUUAUGACUACUUUUACUUUAAUUUAAUUUGGUACUCCUACUUACAAGAAUGCAUAUCAUUUAUUCAUCAAAUAUAGGUAAAUUAAUACAACUAAAAUUUUAGAAUGUUUAAUAUGGAUACAUUAUUGACAUUAGGUUCAUUAGCUGCCUAUUGUAUGAGUUUAUUCUUGAUUGUUAUUUACACUAUUGAAGGAUAGAAUAAUGAAGAAGAAACUAAAGAUUAAGAAAUUUAAAUGGAAAGAAUAAUGAAUAUUAUACAUGAUUUAGAAUCUGCAGGAUUAAUACUUACUGUAAUUACAAUAGGUAAAUACUUUGAAGGAAAAGCUAAAUAGACAAUAAUGGAAAUGCAAAAUUAAAUAUUUCCUUAAGAUUAAUUAAUAAAGACACCUAAUGUUAUGAAAGUAUAAGUGAAGAAUUAAGAUUAUGAUAUUAAUAUUUAAGAGAGUUGUGAUAUAUCUUUAUUAGAAAAGGGAGAUUUGAUAAUUCUUGAAAAGGGAAUGAAAUUAUUAUUGGAUGGUGUUAUUGUAAAAGGUACUGUCUAAGUUAUUGAUUCAAUUUGUUAUGGAUAAGAUGACAGAUUUUAAGCUUCUAUGGGAACUAGAUUAAAAUCUGGUGCUGAUAUUUUAGAAGGUUCAUGUAUAUUUUAAGUUGAAUAAGUAAUUGAGUCUUCAAUGUUAUUUCAAAUAGCAGAAUAAUUAAACUUAGCAUAAUCUGAAAGAGAAAGUAAGGAUAUUGGUAUUACAGCAAUGUUAUAAUAAUUAUCUUAGAGAUUUGUACUUGGUGUUAUUUUUGUAGGUUUGAUUGUUUUUAUGGUGUGGACAUUUUUAAUAGGAUUUGAUAUUGUUGAAAUUGAUGAAUAUUGUGUUUGGUGUUUUCCUUUUGAAAGGGCUAUAUCUAUUCUGGUAGCAUCAUGUCCUUGUGCUUUAGGACUUGCAGUACCAUCUGUUGUUAUUAUUACUUUAAAUUUGGCUUUGAAAUCUGGAAUUUUAAUAAAAAAAGUAUUAAAUAAUAAUAAAAUAUAUAGAAUACUAUUUUUGAAUCUAUAAAUAAAAUAAAUUGUAUUAUAUUUGAUAAAACAGGAACUUUAUUUACAAAAGUAGAUCACAUUGAAUCUUUUACUCUUCUAUCUAAGAAUGAGACAGAGAUUUCUUUAAAGAAAUAAGAUAAAACUAUAGUAAAGGUUAAAUAAUUCUAGAAAUCAUUGGUAAUGUCUGAUCCUGUAGAUACUAAAAGAGAUGUAUAAAAUUCUGAAGGUAAAAUAUAAUCGAAUUUGAAAUUUAAUAAAACUUUAUCAGCAUAAGAUUUAUGGGCUAUUUUAGGAGUUUUAGAAAAAGAAUUCAAUCAUCCUAUUGCUACUUUAUUAUUCAAGGAAUCUAUUCAAAGAUAAAUUGGAAGAUAGAGUACAUUUGUUCUAACAGAACAGGCUAAAUUAGAGAGAAAUGGAAUCAUUGGAAAUGUUACAAGAACUACUGACAAAAUAUAGUUUAAAUGUUUAAUUGGAAAUUUAGUUCAUUUAAAUGAAAAUGGGGCAAUAUUAGAAGAUUAUAUUAUUUAGAAAUGUUAAUGUCUGGAAAGAAAAGGAAAAACAGUUAUUCUUAUGACUAUUGAUGAUAUACCAGAAAUAAUAUUAUGUUUGGAUAAUAAAACAAAUUUAAGACCUGAAGCUAAAGCUGUAAUUACAUAUUUAAGAGAGAAUUUAAAUAAAACUGUUUAUAUAUUGUCUGGGGAUUCAAAAAAAACAGUAGAAUCAGUAGGGAAAUAUCUAGGGAUUCCAUCCAAUUAUUAAUAUGCUGAAAUAGAUGCAGAAGGAAAAUAAAAGUUUUUAAAGGAAUUAAAAGAGAAAAAUUAAGAAGUUAUGAUGAUUGGAGAUGGUCUUAAUGAUGUUCUAUCAUUAUAAUAAGCUUCUAUUGGUGUUGCUAUUAAUGCAAAAUCAGAAUUGAAUCUUAUGGCUUCUGAUGUCAUACUCCUUAAUGAAAAUUUAUGGAGUAUUGUAUCUCUAAUAAAUUUAAUGAAAACUGCUUUAAAAGUAAUCUAUAUAAAUUUGAUAUGGGCUUUUGCAUAUAAUUUAUUGAUGGCACGUAUGUUUAUUUAUUAUUUUUAGCUAUUGCAGCAGGUGUAUUCUAUGGAUAAGGAUUUACAAUAUCUCCUAUGAUAUCGUCUACAUCCAUGUCUUUAUCAUCAAUUAUUGUUGUGCUUAUUAGUAAUUUCAUGAAAUUCAUUAAAUUUGAUCCAUCAUAAUCAUACAGCAUUCCAAGAAUACAAAAAUAUAGAUUACAUGAAGAAUCUAAUUUCUCAUAAGACUCAUAUCUUGAAGUAGAUAAUACAUAAGAAUCUGCUCGAAAAGUAAAUGAUAAAAGAAAUAUAAUAAAUUGA